AUGGAAGGAGGCUCUGAGUUCAAACUCUAUAGCGGGGAUGACGCUCUGAAUCAAUCUCAGUCCGGCAAUAACAUUUUCGAGGAUGACGCUGUUUUCAUGGUCAACAUGUUUCUGGGAGGGGGUGGUGGCAUGGAUGCAGAGACUGGAGCAGGUGCCGAGGCUGCUGGUUUGGAAGCUGGGAUGUUUGGUUUGGCCUCUCCUCUCCUCCCAGGGUUUUCAGGGUUGGAAGGCUCGGAGUGUGAACCAAUGGAAGGAGUCACGUUCAAAUUGGACGGACAGGGGGUUAUGGUUCCGGGAGCGAGCCAGGGUCCUUUGUUUGACUCCCAUGAAAGUGGUCAACUACAGUUUUCAGCGUGGGAACAGAAUGUAGGUUUGAGAGGUCACAUGGAAGGGAGGGAAGGUAGAAGGGAUGCGAUGGAGGAGACACGGCAGCAUUAUGGGCAGCAGGAGCGAGAGCAAGAAGAACGGGAGCAACAGAGGAGGCUGGAGCAGGAGAGGGAGUUGGAGAAACAGAGGGGGUUGGAGAGGCAGAGGGAGUUGGAGAAACAGAGGGAGUUGGAGAAACAGGAGCAACAGAGGAAGUUGGAGCAGCAGAGGAAGUUGGAGCAGCAGAGGGAGCUUGAGAAACAGAGGCAGAGGGAGUUGGAGAAACAACGGCUGGAGAAACAGGAGCAGCAGAAGGAGCUAGAGAAACAGAGGUUGAGGGAUCUGGAGAAACAGCGGCAAUUAGAACAGGAGAAAAGGGAGCAGCAGAGGAAGCUGGAGCAGCGGAGGGGGUUGGAGGGACAGAGGCAGUUGGAGUUGGAGAAACAGGAGCAGGAGAGGAAGCUGGAGCAGCAGAGGGAACUGGAGAAACAGAGGCAGAGGGAGCUGGAGAAACAGAGGUUGAGGGAUUUGGAGAAACAGAGGCAAUUGGAACUGGAGAAAAGGGAGCAGCAGAGGAAGCUGGAACAGCAGAGGGCGAUGGAGCAGCAGAGGGUGUUGGAGGAGCAGAGGCAGAAAGAGUUGGAGAAACAGAGGCAUUCGGAAUUGGAGAAACGGGAGCAGCAGAGGAAGUUAGAGCAGCAGAGGGAACUGGAGAAACAGAGGCAGAGGGAGCUGGAGAAACAGAGGCAACUGGAACUGGAGAAAAGGGAGCAGCAGAGGGUGUUGGAGGAACAGAGGCAGAGGGAGUUGGAGAAACAGGAGCAGCAGAAGGAACUGGAGAAACAGAGGCAGAGAGAGUUGGAAAUACAGCGGCAAUUGGAGCUUGAGAAACAGGAGAAGCAGUGGAAGUUGGAGCAGCAGCGAGUGUUGGAGGAACAGAGGCAAAGGGAGUUGGAGAAACAAGAGCAGGAGAGGAAGCUGGAGCAGCAGAGGGAGCUGGAGAAGCGGAGGCAGAGGGAGUUGGAGAAAGAACGACAGUUGGAGCUGGAGAAACAGAGGCAGUUGGAGUUGGCGAAACAGCAGCAACUGGAACAGGAGAAACAGGAGCAGCAAAGGCAGUUGGAGGAACAGAGGCAGAGGGAGUUGGAGCAGCAGAGAGAGUUAGAGAAACAAAGGCAGAAGGAGUUGGAGAGGCAGCAGCAAUUGGAACUGGAGAAACAGGAACAGGUGAGAGUGUUGGAGGAACAGAGGCAGAGAGAGUUGGAAAAACAGGAGCAGCAGAGGGAGCUGGAGAAACAGCGGCAUUUGGAACUGGAGAAACAGGAGCAGGAGAAGAAGCAGGAGCAACAGAAGGAGCUUGAGAAACAGGAGCAGCAGAGGGAUUCAGAGAAGCAAAGGAAAGAGGGUGUUGAGGUGGGAGCGGAUGAGAGGUUUGAUGAAGUUGUGAGAGAAGAGAAAGAUACUGACUUGGGAAGGGAGGUGUAUGGUGGGGAUGAUGAGGAGUGGCCUGAGGAGAACAGUGAGCACGAGGAGGGUAAGUCGAAGGUGAAGCUUCUGACUGCUCUUGACAAGGAACCGGUGCCAGUGUCUCGGCAGGACAAAAAGGAGGAAGCAGGAGCGAAGGAAGCUGGGAGGGGGUUAACAGAUGAGGAGAAAAAGGUUGGGGUUCGGUCUGGCACAGUGCAGCGUGCAGAGGGGGGUGAACGGGUGGAAGAGGAGGAGGAAGAGGAGGAGGAGGAGGAGGAAGAUGAUAUAGAGGACUGGGUGUGUGGCACGGAGGAUAGAUAUCGGAGAUUGAGUGCUGAAGACAGGAAGUUGGAGCAACAGCAGGCGAGGGGUAGUGGCGAGAGUACGGCAACAAGGGGCAAGAGAGAGGCGGUGCGGGGUGACGAAGGAGCUGGGAGGAGAAAGAAGCCCAAGAGGAGGAAGCUGGCUGACUGGCUGCCGACGAAGAUAGUGCAGGGUGAGGAGCAGGAGGGGGGGAAGGCAGAUGAGAGUGGCAGUGACGCGCGUGAGCCUUGCAAUGCGGAAGUGGGAGAGGAGUCUGUUGGUGAGGUUCAUCCAGCACACCAGGUGGAAGAGCGUCCUAAAGAUGCACUGGAGUUGCCCCUGAGGGGCACCGGACACGAGAGACACAAGCAGGCAGAAGUAGAGAAGUGUGCUGCUGGGGUGCUCAAGGAAUCUUAUGCUGGGGAGCUCAAGGAGGGGCAGGUGGAAGAGGUACCAGAGUCUUCUUUUGCGGCUCCUUUGAAAGGGCAAGGGGAAUUUGUAGAGGAGUGUGUUGUUGGAGUGCUUAAGGAAUCAGCUGUUGAGGAGGGCAAGGAGAGGCAGGUGGAACCAGCAGCGGUGUGUGUUUCUGAGGCGAAUCAAACUUGCACGAAGCGGAAGCGCAGCGAAGCGUUUGUGGAGGCUGAUGAAGAAUUUGCUGCUGUAGAGAAGUCCUGUGCUUCCCCCGAGCAAUCUUCAACCCCGGAGCCAUCUCCUGCCCCGGAGCCAUCUCCUGCCCUGGAGCCAUCUCCUGCCCUGGAGCCAUCUCCUGCCCCUGAGGCAUCUGCUGCUUCUGAGCCUUCUGCUGCCCCUGAGGCACCUUCUGCCCCUGAACCAUCUCCUGCCCCUGAACCAUCUCCUGCCCCUGAACCAUCUCCUGCCCCUGAACUAUUUGCUCCUCUUGAUCCACCUGCUGCCCCUGAACCAUUUGCUGAGACUCAGGCAGGACGGAAAGACAGCAGUGGUGAGGUGCGAGGGAAGGAGGAAGGGGAUGUGGAGGCAGUUGUGGUUAGAGACGGGAGUGAGGGGUGGGCUGAGGGGGGUGGCGAGGAGGAGGGUCCUAAGGAUGCAGCAGCGAUGAAAGAGGUUCCAGAGGAGGAGGUGAAAGAGGAGGGGGUGGAGAAGGAGGAGAAAAAGGAGGUGCAAGAGGAGGUGCAGGAGGAGGUGAAAGAGGAGGUGAAAGAGGAGGUGCAAGAGGAGGUGCAAGAGGAGGUGCAAGAGAAGGUGAAAGAGGAGGUGGAAGAGGAGCAAGAGGAGAUGCUAGAAUUGGAGCAUGGAAGGAAGAAGAGGAGGAAAAGGCACAGGGGGAGAGGUGUGGAGAAGGAGAGAGGGGAGAAGAAUGAGGAAGAGAAAGAGGAAGUGGGAGAUAUAAGGGAAGAAGGGGACGGGGACGAGGAAGAAAAACAGGAAGACGAUGUGGAAGAGAAACCGAAAGAGAAUAGGGAAGGGGAAGUCAAAGAAGAAGGGGAAGAGAAAGAAAUUGAGGAAGAGAAAGAGGAAGUGAAACGGGAAAAGGGUGAGGAAGGGUUGAGGAGGGAAGCUUCUGUUGAGGAGACUCAAGUGCAUGAGGGAGUUAAGGCAGGAGUGGGCGAAGGGAGAGAUGGCAGUGAGGGCAUGGCUGGGGAGAGAGCGGGUAGUGCAAAGGUGGAUAGUGAGUUGGACAUGACGGUGGGCGGAAAGGUGGGUGGAGAUGCGGCAGAGGAAAAGGCAGGUUUAGAGGAGACUGGUGAGGAAGCGGAUGUUGUGGAGGUGCAGACAGAGGGAGUGGGAGCAGGGUUGGAGGAGGAGGUUGGGUUGCAAGACGCAAGAAGAGAGGCAGUGGAAUUGGGUGAGGAAGGAAUGGCACAAGGGACAGGUGAGGAAGCGGAUGUUGUGGAAGUGCAGACAGAGGGGGUGGGAGCAGGGGUGGAGGAGGAGGCUGGGUUGAAAGGCACAAGUCGUUUGGAGGGGAGUGAGGCGAGAGAGGCGCAAGGAGGGGAGGUGCAAGUAAGGGAGGUGGACUUGACAGAAGCGGUGGUGAAGGAGGAACAAGGGGCGGAAUCAGGAGAGGCAGAUGUGCAGGAAGUGGCGAUGGGGAUGGGGUUAGCAGAGGCAAGGAGAGAGGCAGCAGAGUCAGGUGAAGAGGGGAAUGCAGUGGCAGGGACAGCCGGAGAUGCAGAUGUGGUGGAGGUGCGAGAGGAGAAUGAGGAGGAGGGGGUGGAAUCACGAGGAGCAGAAGCAGCAGAAGCAGCAGAAGCAGCAGGAGGAGGAGAGGCAAUUGCAGGGGCAGCAGGAGGAGGUGAUGGGGGUGGGGCAAUCGCAGAGGGAGCGAGGAAGAGGAGGAGAGUGCGGCCCUUGAUGAGGCGAGUGCAAUCCGUCACUGACGCUGCUGCUACAGCAGUGCAGGCAGACCCUAAAGGUGUGGGUGCUGCUAGGGAUAUGCGCGCAGCUACACAGGCUGUGGGUGCGGCUGAUGCUCAUUCUGAUGGGAGUGAUGGUAGUGAUGGUAGUGAUGGGAGUCAUGGGAGUGAUGGGAGCGAUGGGAGUCAUGGUAGUGAUGGGAGUCAUGGGAGUGAUGGGAGAGAUGGGAGUCAUGGUAGUGAUGGGAGUGAUGGUAGUGAUGGUAGUGAUGGUAGUGAUGGGAGUCAUGGUAGUGAUGGGAGCGAUGGUUCUUUGGAUCAUGAGGCUCGUGAUUCGCCCGGUGAUGAUGGUGGGCAUGUGGCCAGUGAUUCUUCUCCUCCUCGUGAUGAUCAUGAAGUGCAUGCCUUGGCAGAUGAUAGGGAUGGUGAUGGUGGUGAUGGUGGUGCUGGUGAGGAUAGGCGUGGUGCUGCAGUGGCUGCUGCGUCCUGCCUUGCUCUAGCUGAUUCCGAUUCAACGGAAAGGCAUGGCAGUGGUGAUGGUGGUGGUAGUGGCGUUGAUGGUGGUGAUGGUGGUGGUGAUGGUGGUGGUAGUGAAGCAGCUACUGAGACUGAUACCCCAGUGGCUCUGUCUCCAUCCCCGUCCCUCUCCCCUCCUCCUUCCCCAACGCCAUCAACAUCACCGUUCUGCCCCCUCUGCCUGCUCGUGUGGUUACCCAAUGAGAAAGGAGACUUUGCCCACUGUGACCGCUGCCAGCUGUGGGUGCAUGCGGAGUGUGACGGGAUCUCCAGGCAGCGGUUGAGUGCGAUUAAGAACGAUGCGGUGUACCUGUGCCCGAAUUGUCGCCAGACGAAGGCGGUGGAGGAGAGGGAGAAGAGGGAGCGGAGGGAGAAGAGGGAGCGGAGGGAGAAGAGGGGCAGGGAGAAGGAGGAGAGGGAGGAGAGGGAGGAGAGGGAGAGGAAGGAGCGGGAGGAAAGGGAGAAGAGGGUUAAGGAGGCUGCUCAGGCUGCUGCUGCUUCUGCUGCUGCUGCUGGUGCUGCUCGGGUGAAGGAGGAGGGGAGAUAUGCAGAGAGGGAGGCAGUGGGACGGUCUGGGAUGGAGGUGAUAACAGGGAUGGGGAGGGGGUUCAGCUUGGGUGGUGCGCGCUUGCGGAUAGAUGAGGUGAAGCGGGAGGGCUUGCAUGUGUGUCGCCUCGACAGGGAUGGGGAUGGGCGUGGGGAUGGGGAUGGGGAUGCGGAUGGGGAUGAGGAUGAGGGAGGGUGUGGGGAUGCGUCAGAUGGUGCUGCUAAGCAUGGGCGGAGGGGAAGAGGUGGUGGAGGCAGAGUGAAGGAAGAAUGGGAUGAAAAGGCAGUGGAGGAGGUGAAGGGAGUCGUGGAUGGGAAUGGUUACUUGAGCGGUGGUGAUGGUGAUGGUGGUGAUGAUGAUGGUGCUGAUGAUGAUGGUGAUGGUGCUGAUGAUGAUGGUGAUGGGGUAAUCAAGACACAGCGGAUGAAGAAGCAUGGGGUAGCAACUAAGGAGGCUCCUCACAGAGCUGAUUCCCCGCAGGCCGAUUCACCUGAAGAUUCACCUGAGGAUUCACCUGAAGGUUCACCUGGCAGUCCAUCCUCCUCACCUGAGGCGGAAGCGGAAGGGGACAACAAGAUAGCAGCGGCGCCACCCAUCCCAGUAGCCCAUCCACCAGUCCCUGUCACAUGUGCGUCCUACAAGGGUGUUUACCUGCCUUCGCGUCACCUCGUGCAGUGCUGCUGCCGCUCCUGCCGGCCCAAGGCCAAGGGGGGCAGCAGCAAGAGCAGUGGCGCUAGCACUGCCACUGCUGGUGGUGGUGGAAGGGGAGAAGGAGGAGUUGGCGGAGGAGCAGCAGCAGGGGGGGCGCUGAUGGCGCUGAGUGAGUUUGAGAAGCAUGCGCAGUGCCGGUCCAAGAAGUGGAAAUCAUCUGUGCUGCUGCAGGGAGCCGAGAAGAAAACCACCCUCUUCGCCUGGCUCCAGGCAUCUCACGAGGCGGGGGUCAAAGGCCUUGCCCGCCCGGGGAACCGGCAGCAGGGAAUCAUAUCCACACUGCGCAGUGCGGGCGGCAGCAGCGCAGUCGCAGGAGGAAUAGGAGGAGUAGGGGUGGGUGCAAUGCGAGGCAGAGGCGGUGUGAAGGGGUCAUUGGAUCCCAGGGGAGGUGUUGCAUGGCUGGAAAAGGCUUUAAGCGAGCCGUACGAGGGGGUGGAGUAUAAGUGGACGUCGGAGAGGUGUGCGGUGUGCAACAGCGAUGAGGACUCGGAUGCCAGUCGCAUGCUGGUGUGUGUCAAGUGCGAGAUGGGUGUGCAUGAGGAGUGCUAUGGGAUCGAACCCUUCCCAGGGUCGCCGGGCGUGCUGCAUCUGCCGCCAGCCGUACGGCGCGUGCAUUCAGUGCGACGGCCCUCGAUGCCUGGUGGCAUACCACGUGGUGUGUGCAAUGAAGGGAGGGUGGAUCAUGGACCAUGGAUGGUACCGUGUACACACCCCUUCCCCCCCUCUCCUUCCCCCUCUCUCCUUCCCCCCCUAUCCUUCCCCCCCUCUCCUUCCCCCCUCUCCUUCCCCCCCUCUCCUUCCCCCCCUCUCCUUCCCCCCCUCUCCUUCCCCCCCUCUCCUUCCCCCCCACACCCACACCCACACCCAUUUCCUCAGGCGUGCUGCAUCUGCCGCCAGCCGUACGGCGCGUGCAUUCAGUGCGACGGCCCUCGAUGCCUGGUGGCAUACCACGUGGUGUGUGCAAUGAAGGGAGGGUGGAUCAUGGACGUGGUUCCUGACGACACCGGCCAGCUGCUGCGCUGCACCUUCUGCCCCAAACACAGGGAUCCGAAUCCUGAUCUGGCUGUGAUUGGCCCAGCAGCCUUAGCUGCCGGCAAGCGGCUGAUUGAGCGAGGGGAGAGGCUGAGGAAACGAACCGGCAUUACAGGGUUCCCUGGCAUCGGGGCGGGCACUCUCAAGAGUGACUCGCUCAGACCGGCUGGGGAGAAGGACAGAGAGGGCAGGGAGGGGCGAGAGGGAAAGGAAGGGAGAGAGGGGCGAGGGGAGGGGAAGAGAGGGGGUGUGGAGAAGGGAAAAGGGAGGGGGAGAGGGGGUGAGUUGGAAGGGGAGGAUCGGGGCGAGGAGGAGAGGGAUAGUGAAGAGGCAGAAGGGGUAGAGGUUGGAGAAGGGACGAGAAGGGGGCAGGGUGGUGGAGAGGCAACAAGGGAGGAGCUUGGGGGGAUCAUGGGCGGUCUUCAGAGAGCGAGUAAAAGAGGCCGAGGGGAGAGUGCUGAUGGGAAUGGCGGUAGUGACACUGAUGAUGGUGAUGGUAAAGAUGGUGUUGAUGGUGCUGAUGGUGGUGGCAUUGUCGAAGCUGAGGAGGAGCAGGAGAAGGAGGGGGGGGAGGAUGGGGAGGACGAAGGAGAGGACGACGGGUCCAAGAGCGAUGUGAUGGUGCUUCUCAGUCCGGAAUUAUCGGAUGAUGACACCUAUGCAGGGCUGUUCAAGGUGGACGAGGAGAGAGUGGUGGAUGCCACCAUGGCUAGCAACUACGCCAGAAUGAUGAACCACUCUUGCAAUCCCAACUGCUUUGCCAAGAUAUUUGAUGUGGAGGACAAAGAUGGCAAUCCGAGUGCGAUCAUCGUCAUCAUUGCUCGCCGCCCGAUUCGCAUGGGAGAGGAGCUAACGUGA